CAUCAAUAAAAGCAUAAGUAUCACAAUACCUUAUUUAUAUAACCCUUCCCCUUCAUCACCAUGGCUCAUUCCUUCACACCCUUCUUCCUUGCCCUACUAUUCAUACUGAUCACUACGACGAAAGUGCUCGAAAACGUUAAAGGCGAUCCAGACCUAACUUUCAUCUCGGCUCUCUGCGGCUCAGAGUACGAUAUCAGUUCUUUCAGGAAGGCUCACAGACGGCGACGUCUGGUUCGCAAGCUCCCAUUCCCCGUUCUGCAGCGCUACCGGCGACGCCACAAAUGUAUGGUAGGGCUACAUGUUCGGAAUCCAUUUCUCAGGAGGACUGCAAGUAUUGUCUCGCCGUUGCGCAGGACCAGUUGCUGAAUGCCAACAUAUGCCCAAAUCACCUUUGCGAGUUGCUCCUUGAGGUACGAGACCUAUGAGAUUGAAGAAUGUACGUCGUCAUGAUCAGAAUGCUUUAGUAUCGUCGGAUUUGGAUCGUACGAAUGUUUUAUCGGAUGUCCCCGAAGGGACGUCUUUGCUAUGUCCUUUUCUUUUGUAUAAAAUUGUACUUGUGAU